AAAUACUAUAAAAUAAAAUGUUGACGUAACAUUUUCCCUGGCUUUCCGUUGGUUUAACUUGUGUUCAGAUUCCUCCCCCAUACGUCUAAUUGGCUACAAGAACUGUUAAUCAGAAGCCCACAACUCCCUGUUGCUAUUAGACAUCAGCAUCAUACGCUUCAAGCGAAUAUGACGAAUAUGAGUCAUGCGAUCUCAAUUGACAAAAACAAAUUGUUAAAUAUAGGCAAGUUGUCGUAUCUCAUGUGCCAUCAGCGGAUACCUAGUUACGAGGUAAGACUGAGCUUUCUAUUUCCCGCAUAGCACUGUCACUGGGAAGCACCGCUAUGACCGCUAACCUGUCGAAUUGGAUAGACGGUAUGGUAUUUUUUUAGGACCCUUCAAUUCAUUCAUUUUUCACCUAGAUGUGACCUAGACAUAAGUGUGACAUGACGAGAUACACAGUUUCACCAAUCAUGUAGUCUCACACGCUUCUUACUUACUAGAUAAGUCAGUGUCGAAUCGUUUUAUCCUACGCUGUUGGUACGACAGUUGGUUAGCAGGCGCAUCAAAUAGCUUACGCCAUAACAACUAGCAAAAGGACUCGCUGAUAAUUUCACUCUCAGAUGUUUUCCAAGUAGCCAGACAUUAGCAACAUUUAACGGCAAGUAGGCUAGCCUAUUCCUGAAAUGACACAACAAGCACAGGUUCGAUGUAAAAUUUAGUGUUUGCAAUUUGGACACGCUUUUACCUGACAGCCAGGUGUGAUAACCUGUGGUGCCUUGGAAGACUUUUCUAGACGCAUCGAUGUAGUGGGAGGCAAUAUAAAGCGCACGUUUCGGCGCACGACCAUUGAAGGGAUUACCCAUCUACGUGAGUAAGCUGUGGUGUGAUUUAAAGUGAGCUGUUGCUGGCAGGACAAAAUCCCAUCGGCCAGCACCCGCAUCUUGACAUGGCAUGAACAGUCAGGCAAGUUGUUCGGUUCUAAUGACCAUCAGCUAAAGAGUCCGAGGAAAUGUAGGAAUAUUGCACCAUCACAGAGCUCCUUUCCCUCGCUCACGCCUCCCCUUCCCUCACUGGUGGUGAUUCUAAAGUGAGUAUCCCAGAAUUCUCUGUGGCGGUUGAGGCACAUGUUGUUAUUUUGUCUCGAUGGGGAAGAGAUGAUGCCAGUAGCUUGAUGAUCAUUCAUAUUUGCACCCCCUGAUGUGCAGUCUCUAGCAGUUCACAGCUUAAUGAACUUUUACCCACCUCAUGUAAAGUGUUGAGGAGUUGCAGUAUUUUCCUCUGGUGCAUUUCUGUCCAAUUCCAGAGUGAAAUGUUACUGCAGAAAUCCAACACCAGAGCCGUGUAUGGUGAGCACCAGUUCUUUUAUUUGAUACACAGUAAUUACAUCCUAAUCCUCAGAUUGGGUGGCAACACUCAAACCAGCACAAUGCAUUGCCAGGCAACCAGGUGAAACGGUCAAACAGAUCCUAACAGUGGCUGUUUUCAGGCCUGACUUCCAUGUCUUCACCAGAGGUAGAAUAUAUUGAAAUAGCAGCGCAUUUAAAGUGCAUUUAAAUCUCCAGAUCAACCCCUUUCAGAAUUAGAUCUUUGGUGUGGUCAUUUAUUGUGAUUUCAGCCCUGGAAUACAACACAUUUGGUGUCCCCUGUGAUGUGGGCUUUGCCUAAAAGACCUGUCAAUCUUCAGCCUGAAUAGGUGACCUCAUUUUAAUUAUUGUUAUCUUUCACCCUCAUUUCAGAUGGUACAUACAUUGAUGUGGCUAAUUGAGUUCACUCGCUAUGAGGUCCAUGGCACUCAAGUAGUGUCACAUCAAUAGUUUCCGUCACUGAAAGGCGUAAAGUGAAUCCUUUCGCUCUGCCAAAGACUAAGGUGGAGAUUUACCGAGCUGAUAAAUAAAGCCGGGAUUAGGAUCUGUGGUGACCGUGCACUCUAAUCCCGACAGCAGGGCGUCUGACAGAGAAGGGAGGUUGCCGGACGCUAAGGGAAAAAAGCCGGAGUGGAGCGGGAAUCAGAGCCCUGCGGAGCGGCGCCGAGGGCCUUUUCCUGCCCACUGGAGGGCCGUCGGUCCCUGGACGGCUUUCGUGCUGCUGAAGACAUUAUGUUCCGCUGAACAGCGACACAAAGGAGAAGCAGGAGGUGGGGGUGGGGAGUGGGGCGGGGUGGGGGGUUCCUCCUCAUUUGGAGCAGGGAGCCGGCAAUCACAGUGUCCUCGCACUCAACUCUGCUCCCCGACCCGUCUAUUUAUAUCCCCCGGGAAGUGAAAACAAAAGAGAGGCCAAUUAAUUUCGAGUCACAGGUGAUGCAGCCCGUUCACAUUUGUCUCGCCGUCAAGAGCUGCAGAACCUGCCAGCACCGGCACCGGCACGGCUCUCCCUCCUCUGCCACUUCAACAUCCGUCUGCUGAGGGCUUUGUAGGAUGCGGAGACACAAACCCACCUGUGAGGUCAAAGUGGCCACUGAGGACAAGAUGCAGAGGACGGGAUGACGGCCGUCCACCCAUCUGAGGGGGGCGUCUCUACCUCUGGCUCUGGCUCUGGGCCGGCGGGGCGCUCGGUGGCAGCCGUGGCCCCCGCGCCCCCCCCACAGCGCUACGCCCGCUGGAGUCGGCAGGAUAGCUCAGACAUCUGCACGGACGACGAGGGCGGGGGCCCGCCGCGCCGCCUCUCUGCUCUGGAGAAGCUCAACCUGGACAUGUGCCAGGACGAGAAGAUCGUGCGCGAGCUGACCGUGGGCCGACGCAUCGGCUUCUACAAGGUGCGGGGUGAGAUCGGCUGUGGCAACUUCUCCCAUGUCAAGAUGGGCAUCCACGCUCUGACCAAAGACAAGGUGGCCAUCAAGAUCUUGGACAAGACCAAACUGGACCCGAAGACGCAGCGUCUGCUGUCACGAGAAAUCUCCAGCAUGGAGCGCCUACACCACCCCAACGUCAUCAGGCUUUACGAGGUGGUGGAGACCCUGACCCGUCUGCACCUGGUGAUGGAGUACGCAGGUGGGGGAGAGCUCUACACCAAGAUCAGCUCCGAGGGGAAGCUCUCGGACAUCGACAGCAAGAUCGUCUUCUCUCAGGUCCUGUCUGCCGUCAGGCACAUGCAUGACAACAACAUCAUCCACCGGGACCUGAAAGCGGAGAAUGUAUUCUACACCUGCAGCACCUGUGUCAAGGUGGGGGACUUUGGCUUCAGCACGGUCAGCCGGCGCGAGGAGACCCUCAACACGUUCUGUGGCUCGCCGCCGUACGCCGCGCCUGAGCUCUUCCGAGACGAGCACUACACGGGCGCCUGCGUGGACGUGUGGGCGCUGGGCGUCAUGCUCUUCUUCAUGGUGACCGCCACCAUGCCAUUCCGCGCCGACACCGUAGCCAAGCUUAAGCGCUGCAUCCUGGACGGCGCCUACACCAUCCCAGCCUUUGUGCCCGAGCCAUGCCAGCAGCUGCUUAAGGGGAUUCUGGAGCCGCAGUCUUCCGACCGCUUCCCCGUGGACAAGAUCAUGAGUUGCGAGUGGCUGCAGCCAGUGGAAUUCCCCCCGGCCGCGGAACCGUUCAAGCUGGACCCGCUCUACCUGGUGGCCGAGCCCAGGGAGCUGGAGGAAGAUGAGCUUGAGGUGAAGAACAUCCUGGAGGCGCUCGGCAUCACCUCGGAUCACCUGCGCAACAACCAGGGCAAGGACUGCCGCAGCUCCAUCACCGGGGUCUACCGCAUCCUGCUGCACCGGGCACACAAACGCCGCGCUGUUGACAGCAUGCCUGUGGUCAUGCAUGUGGUCAGUGCACCCAUUGCCUCUUACUCAAAAAAGGACCGCUUGAAGGCCUAUAGGAGCCUGCGCCACACAUCUAAGCUGUGCGUCAUACUGUGAUUUUGCAAAGGGACUUUGACAUAAACAGGGAUUGGCUUAUUUAUUUUUAGGGGAGUGCAAGAGAGAGUGAUGCUUGAGUGAAUGUGGAGUAGUGAAGUCUAGUUCAUGUAUUUUUUGUCAUGACAACGAAAUUAAACGAAUCGCCUGAUCAGGAGAACGUGAGCAUGGGACUUAUCUCGCUGAAUUACACUUUGUGUAUGAACUUCGAGUCUGUGUUGAUGCCAUAAUUGUCAUGUCUUGUUAAUUAUGCAUUGCAUCCAAUAAAAUACUCAAAUAUUGAAUAUUAA